CUUAUUUUCUCGUUCGAUUCCUUCUCUUUCAAGUAGAAAGAGACAGAAUCCUCAAGGAAGCCCAUAAGAGCUCGUAGCACUGGCCAAGACAAUCGUCCUUCUCCUUUACGCAUCCAAUUCUCUUCUUUCAAAACCAAAAAGUCUUAUAAAAACACAGCUCUUAUUACUGUGCAAGACAUGCUACUUGCCAACUCUAAAGAAUAUAUACCUCUCAAACAAAUAUCGAAAUCAAUACGUUAUGCCCUAGGCUCAAGCUACGCAUUUGAUCCUACUAAUGAGUCUUCAAAUCCAGGCCUCACCGAGAGUGUAGCAUCCAUAGUUGAAACACAUAUGAUGAGCUUAGAGUCCAUAACACCUAAAGAGCCUUCAGAUCUCCUCAUGUUCCCCUUCCUCGAUAGCCCUUCAUCCGUAGAACACCUUGUGAUUGCCAGUAAGACAUUAUCGGGUAAUACCCGACUCAUCCAGUGCUAUGUCUUUAUGGUCAACGACACCGUGUUUGUCACACUUCCCCAUCAUAUAACUUAUUGUGAUGGAUGGCAACAGGGUGAACUACAGGCGUGUAUGGCUUAUUUGAUAGAUUUAGCAGAACUUCGACCCGGGUGUAAUUCUCUAAUUAUCAUGUUGGACAAUCAUCAAGAUAGUUUAGUCGAUCUUCGCGCAUUCAUGUACAUGGGCUUUGUCUUGCUUGAUUGCUCAGUCUACAAACAGGAUCCUUCAUGGACCUUUGCUCUUUACGAGUUAGGCACCAACUAAGGUG